CGUAAACACGUUGUUGAGUGUUGUAAAUUGCCUAGCUGCACCCCGGCCUGUCACACGGUAGCCACAUUGAAAUUAAAUUUAAAAAACGCUGCUACAGGGAAAAAUAAAAUAUACAACAAUAAUGGCAGACGAGGAGAAGCUACCGUCCGGAUGGGAGAAAAGAAUGAGCCGCAGUUCAGGCAAAGUGUACUACUUCAACCACAUCACCAAUGCCAGUCAGUGGGAACGUCCAGUGGGAGAUGGCCGUGGAGAACCAGAUAAGGUGCGCUGCUCUCACCUCCUGGUGAAGCAUAAUCAGUCACGUCGUCCAUCUUCCUGGCGGGAACAAAAUAUCACACGAACUAAAGACGAGGCCCUGGAUCUCAUUCAGAAGUACAUAGAACAGAUCAAGUCCGGAGAGGAGAAGUUUGAGUAUCUGGCUUCUCAGUUCAGCGACUGCAGCUCAGCUAAGAAUGGUGGAGAUCUGGGACUGUUCGGCAGAGGUCAGAUGCAGAAGCCUUUUGAAGAUGCCUCCUUUGCUCUUAAAGUGGGAGACAUGAGUGGUCCUGUUUUUACUGACUCUGGGGUCCACAUCAUCCUACGUACUGGCUGAAAGGAAGACACCACACACACACUCACACUCUCUCUCUCUCUCUCUCACACACACACAUGCAUUCAUAGUCAGUCCAACUCAACCAGUCCUGUGAUUUAUUUUAAUGACACAUACCACCCAAUAAACAGAGCCUCUGGGCUGAAUCAUAUUAUAUUAAGUGGGAUCAUUUUGCUCCAAGCACUAUUAAACAUGUAUGAAUAAUUUCAUUACACUGAACUUCAAGGAGUAUUGCAGAUUAUUCCUGUAAGACCUCAAGCUUUUAUUAACCAUGGCGAUGCCAUUAUAUAAAAAUAUAGGCGUGCCUGUGACUCUGUUGAAGUGGCUGCCCCGUGGAAACAGUUUCACAUGAUGAGUGAAGUUUGAGAAUGUGUCUGUAAAAGCUUGUGUUUUGUAUGUGCAUGUCUUCAAGAGGACCAUUUACUGUACCUUUCCCUGUUAUGUUUUCCAUUUUCUACAGUAUGUGUGCCAAAGUAAUCCCUCUACCUGUGUUAUUGUUUUACAAAAUAGACUCUUAAGAUGUUUAAGAUACUUUCUGGCCAUUGCAGACCACUGCAGCUGGAGAAACAACUGUUAUUCUUAGUUCUCUACAUUUAGCAUUGAUUUAAAUUCUUCUGUCUCUCGCAGAUCAGAAACAUAGACUUAUUUGUUUUCAUUAUCCACUUUGAACUGCGCACGUUUUCCCCCCUUGGAUAUGCAAAGAUGGCACCGCUGAAAACUUCCAGGUUUUAACAAUCAGCUCCGCAGCUUUUAAAAGCAUCAAAGUUCAGAUGCACUGUUACACUGUUGUGUCAUUGGGGCUCUUCUUCCAUCAAUAAAAAAAAUAAUAAUCUUUUUUAUAA